CCAGUACGAACUAUCACCCUCACUACGCGACUCUUGACCCACUUCACCUGAACAGGACGUGCAGGAUGGCCAUAUAAUUCUAAUAGUUUGUCUGGCUCGAUAGAGUUUAUACAGACUGGUCCUUGGUGAUCUUUCAUCUCACUUUCCUACCUGCCGCUUCCGGCCUCCGUUUACAUUCCACGAUCUCCCGCAACUCACCACCUAGUUCCUCGUCGAGAUCGGCAGCUCAUCCUCGUCUCAGACCUGCUCCUAACCGGUCCUCCUGGACGUGAAUCGUUACUGAUGGGCGCUGCCUGCUGAUGAGUUUCUUUCCGCGGUGCUCACAACGACAACAAUAUCGCGUUCACAUCCCCGCGCGCCACCAUGGCGCUUUCCACAGGCCAUGUGGCCAGCCAACUGAGGCACCUCAUUUAUUAUCACCUGGAUAACAAUCUCAUCCGAAAUGCCCUUUUUCUCGCUGGUCGCCUUCUUGCAUACGAACCUCGAUCCUUCGAAGCUCAAUACCUGAUCUCUCUCUGCCACCUACAUAAUGGAGAAGUUAAGGCCGCGAUGGAGUGUAGCCAGAGCACAGGAUCGCGUGGCCUGCAUGUUGGCUGUUCUUAUGUUUUCGCACAGGCCUGUUUGGACUUGGGCAAAUACCUGGAUGGCAUCACCGCCUUGGAGCGUAGCAAGUCGCUCUGGGCAUCCAAGAAUCACUGGAACAAGCACAGUGAAACCUCUCGACAACACCUACCGGACGCAGCAGCAGUGUACUGCCUGCUUGGAAAGUUAUGGCAAGCUCACAAGGACCUGAACAAGGCAGUGGACUGCUAUGUUGAUUCACUGAAAUUGAAUCCAUUCAUGUGGGAUGCUUUCCUCGGGCUUUGCUCGACUGGCGUCAAUAUCCGAGUCCCUAAUAUCUACCAACUCAGCCCGGAACUCCUCUCCAUCAUAUCUGCCUCCCCAGAUGAUCUGGAUUCUGUACCCGGGAUCUUUCCGCCAAACGAAGGACCUUUCCCUGCACAAACCACCGGAUAUCCCGGAGGUGAUCCAUUCAUGGUCUCUGCUGCACGUGGCGACACAGAUUCGACCUACGGAAGCUCAGCCCUCUGGGAGAAAUUCAACGGCAGCACCGUCAGUGUUGCUUCAGUAGCGGCACCGGUGAUUCACGAGGGAUUGGAGACACCCAGCGGGCAAAGCAGUAGUUCGGAAGAGUUCCGCAUCGCGAACGGCGUCACAGACCCAGACUCCGCAUGGGAGCCACCUUUGGCACCUGCAAGGAAGAAUCGCACAAUCCAGUCCAUGAGCGUGGAUCAAACGGGUCAACCCCCUCCUAAGAUGCGACCAAGUGGAUAUCGGCCUCGGCCUCGAACCCGAACAGAACCGGAGGAACCUCCCCUUGCUCCAAACGACAGAGAGCCUCCACCCGCCCCGCGCUUCGGUGAUCGCAAACGCACCGUGUCUGGCCAAGUUGCCCACCCCAUUCCUCCUCAGCCGACCGAGCCUGGUGCCCCCCAGCGUCGCAGUGUCAGACUCUUCAAUCAGAUCAAACCCACCACCAGUAAGCUUUCCUCUUCUGCACUCACCGGCCGGGAUGGCCGUGAAGUGAAGAAAGUACGAAGUGUCCACGCCAAGGGACGUCUUGCCACAACGUCCACUGUGGGCCGGGUGGUGAGCGGCAACCGCAAACCUAUCGAAUCCUUCGACAAUGAUGGCAAGGAACCCCGUGCUACAUCCAUCCCCUCUACUUCCGGUGUUCCUCCUCUUCCUAGAAAUGCCGAGAGAUCCAAAGAGCUUGAAGCCUUAAAUUGGCUUUUGGGGCUGUUUACGAAACUUGCCUCUGGGUACAGCGCAUUAAGUCGGUACAGAUGCCCCGAGGCUGUACAGCAUUUCAAUUCUCUUUCACAGGGUCAACGAGAGACCCCGUGGGUCCUGGCCCAGCUUGGUCGAGCCCACUUUGAACAGGCGAUGUACGCAGAGGCUGCCCAAUACUUUUCCCGUGUCCAAACCCUGGCGCCCUCGCGAGUCGAAGACAUGGAGAUCUACUCGACCGUCCUUUGGCACCUCAAAAAUGACGUGGAAUUGGCAUAUUUGGCACACCAACUACUCGAGACUGACCGAUUGUCGCCCCAGGCUUGGUGUGCUAUCGGCAACUCUUUCUCCCACCAGCGCGACCAUGACCAGGCUUUGAAAUGCUUCAAGCGCGCCACCAUGCUGGACCCCGAAUUUGCUUAUGCCUUUACCCUCCAAGGUCAUGAGUACGUUGCCAACGAAGAAUACGACAAUGCUCUCGAUGCCUAUCGUCACGGUAUCAACGCCGAGAACCGCCACUACAAUGCCUGGUACGGCCUGGGCACAGUUUACGAUAGAAUGGGCAAGCUGGACUUUGCCGAGCAACAUUUCCGCAAUGCAGCCAGCAUUAACCCGACGAAUGCCGUCCUCACUUGCUGCAUUGGCUUGGUCCUGGAGAAGAUGGAUAACCCAAAGCACGCUUUGAGUUACUACGAGCGUGCCUGCUCAUUGGCACCUCACUCGGUGCUGGCUCGUUAUCGCAAGGCCCGUGUCUUGAUGAAACUCCAUGAUUUCAAGUUUGCCUUGGCAGAGCUAAAGGUCUUGAAGGACAUGGCACCCGACGAGGCUAAUGUACACUACCUACUGGGUAAACUGUACAAGGUUCUUCACGACAAGGCUAAUGCCAUCAAGCAUUUCACGGCCGCUUUGAACUUGGAUCCAAAGGCUGCACAAUACAUCAAAGAUGCGAUGGAGUCCUUGGAUGACGACGAAAUGGAAGAUGAUGGCAUGGCAUGAUAGAUCUGUGAUGCUUCCCAGGUCUCCUUUCUUUUCCCCUUUUCAAAACAUCUUGAUCAUGCGCGAGCUGGGGGGGAUCCUGUCUUACGAUAUGAGCUUGGCGUUCCAGGGUCAUUUCUUUCUGUUAUUCUGCACAGCAUCACUUGGGAGUUGUUCUUUGCUUUUCUCCAGGUCUAACUACCCGAGACAUCUGGCACCUCAUUCAAGCAUCCUGCAUCAGGCAUGGUGUUUUGUACAUUAAUGUAUGACGAUUGUUGAGUAUUCAUGACGAUGAAUUGAUGGUGCAUAGCACGAUUCAUUAUUAUCAUUCAGUGGUCCAUGUUAUUUUCCGAGUAGACGUAUAAUUUUGU